AUGCCAGAGACAAAUGGUGCCAGCAUGGACCAUCCAGUCUUGAAGAUGGCGGUGGCCAUCUUUUCUUUCGUAUAUGGUAUAUUCACGUUGGUGCUAUACGGACUCACUGCAAUCCUCAGUGGUGUGCCGUUUCGACAAACCACUGAAAAGGAACGGUUGGAGUUUCAACUCGCGUCAGAUAGAUUCUGGAAUCUCUCAAAGAACUGGAAGAAUUUCUCACACCGGUUUAUGACUUUGCGGAAUGGGUUCAAAGUCCACUAUCUUGCAAACGUCUCGCCUGAUGAAACUGUCGCCUCAAACACUGGGAACCAGCCAUUGGUUAUAUUCCUGCAUGGAUUUCCGGAUAGCUGGGCCAUAUGGCGGCACAUCCUCUCGUCGAGCUCAAUUGGAGACAAGAGUGUGAUGCUUGCACCGGACCUACCUGGGUACGGGGGCACGGAUUCGUUGGACGUAUAUGGCCCUACAGAAAUCCUGGAGACGUUGACAGAGUUCAUAGUCACCGUGAGAGACCAAUACAAUGUCUAUGAUGGUGAUGGCCGAACCAAGAGGAGAGUUAUUAUAGUAGCUCAUGAUUGGGGAGCGAUACUCGCUUUUCGCCUAGCUGCAGAAGCCCCCCAGCUAGCAGAUAGGUUCAUUAUCUCCAAUGGAGUCCUGUCUAUCAAGGCUCUAGCCCCAGUACUCCGCCAACUGAAGAAGUCCCAGUAUAUAUUCGUCUUCCACCUACCCGUACCGUUAGUUCGCUAUGUUGGUCACGGAGGCAAUUAUUCGUUUUUAAGGGCGAUCCACGAGCUAGCUGCAGGGAAAACCGCUGAAUUUACAGUCCGAGAUGCACAAGAAGCCAUGGCCAGCACUCUUGGGCCUAGCAUUGAAGAGCUCAAGACCAAGACGGCGGAGGGAGAGACAUACUCUGAAUCUGUUCGCAUUCGCGCUGAGCAAGGGAACUUCAAGGACACAACGUCAUACUACCGGCAUGGAGCAGUGUCAGGCCCUUGGCAUAAGUCUCUGGAAACCAUCUCUGCUUUACAUAGCAUCUGCCCUGACGAACGCCGGAGAACAAGCUGCGGAACAGGCGUGUUCGACCCUGCCCCUGGGGCUCUAAAAGCAAACGCCACAAUGCUAUGGGGCAUGAAAGACCCUGCAAUCGAUAAUCAUUUGGCCCUGGAUGGAAUAGCCGAUCGACUUAUCCAGGGAAGUCAGGUAAUCGUGCUGCCUCGAUCCGGCCAUUUCACGCCCAUGGAAGUGGAGGGCCGAGGAGCCCUUGAAGAAACAGUUCUAUGGGCCGUCAAUGGUGAGACAGGCGAUGUUGGCCAAGCUGUCUUGUCUGUGUACCCUGAAGCCAGAGUGGUCGCCCGCCAGUAA